AUGUCUGGAUCAUCCACCAACUCUCCCAACAUGUCUGGAACCAUGCAGCCUCGACAGACAUUCACACCAAACCACCCAUCCACGAUCUCUCCUCCCGCCAUGUCUGGAACCACGCAACUUCAACCGACGUACCAUGGUUACGUCCGCGAUACUACUGAUGCCCUGAUCCUUAUUGAAGCAUGUCUCUCUGGCAGACUGCUUCAUGUUCCUCGUCGACCACAUGACCGUGAGCGUCAAAAUGUCAUUAAAAGUGGUAGUAUCUUCGUUUACGAAGAGCAUGCUUCGGGAAUCAAGCGCUGGACCGACAGCAUCGCAUGGAGCCCUAGUCGCAUCAAGGGGAACUAUCUCAUCUACCGCCAGCUUGAAAAGCCCUUCGCACCCGGAGAGAAGAAGCGCGCUAACGGAAAGGGAGGCAAGUCAACCACGCAAUCUGGAGGCAUCUCUAAACCACGACAACGGAACACUCUCCCGUUCCAACAAGGCCUGGAACUUGGUAAUGAGUACCCUUCUGUGCCUAGUGAUGAGGACCGCGAGCUGGUCGGUUCGCUUAUCGACUCGUACGACUUCAAGGAAAAUGGACUGGUCAAGAAGACUAUCAGCAUCACCUACAAUAACGUGCCCCACCACCUCAUCAGCUACUAUAAGGUGGAGGACGUCAAGGCAGGUCUCUUGCCUACUCCCUCGGACGACGAACGACUCCGCGGUGUUGUUCCUCGCAACGAGCUCAUGAAUGGCCAGAACUUCCGCGCCCCGAUCGAGGAAUCAGUGGGCGGCGCCUACAUGCCAGGAGGCAUGAGGCAUUCCAUUGGUUUUCCUCACCACUCGGCAUACCAGGUGCACCAGCCACAACAGGUGCACCAGCCACAACAAGUGCAUCAGCCACAACAAGUGCAUCAGCCACAACAAGUGCACCAGCCACAACAGGUGCAUCAGCCACAACAGGUACACCUAAAUAGUUACCAGCCAUACAGCAUGCACCAGCCAUACAGCAUGCACCAGCCAUACGUGCACCAGGCACAGGUCCACCAGCCACCACAGGGGCAGCUAAAUAGUUACCAGCUGCCCUAUAAUGGCCAGUGGUGGAGUACAUAG